CGCGGAAACAGACCCCAAAAAGGAGACCAGCCAGGGGAACCAGCCAAUGGGGAGCAAGAGUAUAGUUAUAUAUAAAGGCAAAGGCAACAAAAUCAACAAAUCAACAUCGAUGCCGUUUGCUGCCGCCCCGGCUGCUGCCACCCACCCACCACCGUUGUUGCCACGUCGAGCAAGGCCAGACAGGAGGAGGUUUUCUUUUUUCCCCUUUUUCCUUUCCUUUGUUCAAAGGAACGAAUUGUUUCAAGAGUGAACUGGAUAUGGCAAAAAAGCGCCUAACCAAGAAUUUUCCCUCUCUCGAGUUCCCGUAUUAUCCCGGUGGUUUGUAUCCAUAAAAUGAUGAUAUAGUAGUAGUUAUAGUAUACCACACCACUUAACUAAGUUAAAAAUAAAAACCGCGAAAACACGAAUCCACGAAUCCAAAGCUCCCAGGUGUUCCAGGGUUGUAUACUCCAUACAUAUUCCUGUCUUCUCAUCUCAGGUUGAUUGAUGGCUGGUGAUGUGAUUGAUGGCUGAUGAUGACGGCGGAAUGAAUGAGGUGUCCAACCCUCCGCGAUUGGCUGGCCCAGCUGGCGGUGGAAAUCGAAGUCAGACAAGCACCGCAGCCACGUCCCACCGCCCCAGUCUUAUUAACUACCCUAACCUAACCUAACCUAACUCCCUCCCUAAUUAAUCCCUUUUAAUAACAAUAAGCCCUCCCGAACUCGGAACUCGCCCCUAACUCGCCCCGCUAAAUUCCCCACUAACUGGCCCCUAGGCCUAGCGUGCGGGCCUAGAACCGGGGCCUAGGCCAGGGCGGUCCUUCUCUGUCAUCAAUCUUCUUCCUCGCUUCCUCUCUUCCUUUCUUCCUUUCUUCCUUUCUUGCUCUCUUUUUUGCUUCUCCUCCUAUCUCCACUUCUCCACAUCUCACUCACUCUUCUCUUCUCUUCUCUUGUCUUUCUUUCACCCUUUAUACUCUCCCUCGCCUCCCGCUCUUCUGAGAAUAUAUCCUUCUCAUGUCCUUCCUUUCAUGUAUUUAAGCCACUUAUCUCCCCUCCCUCCCCUCCCCUCCAGACCAGUCCUCGACAUUCAUUCCUUGUGUCGAUCGACGAAUCCCGGGGUUACCUUGCAGCAUUCCGUUGGGAUACAUCGCGCUUUGCCAACCUGUCCUGGUCCGUUAUCCUUCGAACAUCGACAUCAACACCGUGUUCAACACUUGUUUCCGAUCCAUUCACUCCUUCACCUAGCUUUCUAAGGAGAUAGCCUCCAGCUCUCGCGGUGCAUUUUUUUUUUCCCCCUCACUCUGAAAAAAGACUGCAGAGCAGCCCCUUUUCACGAUACAUCCACCCUGUCUAUCUAUCUGCAGUGCGCUGCUACUGCUCCUGAAUCGCCUGGCUCGAUUGAAUUCCGUUCAUUGAGAAAUACAUUCAACACUACUCUGAACAUACAAACGGCAUAUAUAUCCCACUCGAAUAUUGAUUCGUACAUAUCUACCCUUUUUUUUGGGGGGGUUUUUUGGCAUCUCGUUCGUACCAUACGAUCCAGAGCUAGUUCUCUUGUCAGUCGAACUUCCAAACUCGAUAGCCCCAUCGCUGUCGCAAAGGAACGCUGCCAGCACGCGACCAAGAACGACAACGGUCUAUUACCUUUCCUCCGCUUUGAUAGCGCACUCCCUUUUUUUUUCUUUUUUUUUUCUUUUUUCCCUUUUUGUUCGAGGGGCGAUUUGCUUCAUUUUCAGAAGCAAAAAUGGCUCCCGAUAUCCUAAAGUCUUUGACUGUUGCGGCUGGCCUGUUGGCCUCUGUCUCGAUCGCGGCUCCCGUGAAGCAUCUCGUGGUUUGGGAGACUGUGACCCAGCACGUCUUAACGACGGUUGUGGUCACCACCACCGUGGAUGGUGUACCAGGAGAGCCCCAGACGAUCCUCCCUCCUGUCUUGACCCAGGGGAACCAGACUCACGUGUCUACUUCAUCUGCUCCUCCGACACCCAGCGAGCCAGCCCCUAUUCCCGCACAGUUCCACCAAUUGUCCCCAGUCACAUCAUCACCGCCAUCACCUCCCGCCCCGAUAACUACUAAGGCCCCAGAACCCCCUCCACCUCCACCUCCAGCAAUUCCUCCCCCUCCACCUCCACCUCCAGCAAUUCCUCCCCCUCCCCCUCCACCAGCAGUUCCUCCCCCUUCGCCUCCUCCACCAGCAACUCCACCCCCUCCGCCGACGUUUCCACCGCCGCCCGGUGGGAUCUGCACCGAACACAGCCCUUGCACGGGAGACAUGACUUUUUAUGACGGUGGAUUGGGUUCCUGUGGCUUCGACAUUGAGACCGACGGAGAAGACGUGGUUGCCUUGGGAGCUGGGUUGUCGGGGCCACGCAGUAACGACAACCCCCUCUGCGGUAUGGUGGUGACUAUCCGAUUCGACGGUAAAACUCACAACGCCACCGUGAAAGACAAGUGCGGGGGCUGCGGUAACGGUGAUCUUGAUGCGACGAGAUCUCUCUUCAGGAGAUUUGGAGAUGAGGAUCAGGGCCGUCUUGGUGUUGAAUGGUGGUUCACUUAGUUUUCAAGCGAAAACGUGUCCCAUCCAGGCAGAUGCCUACCUACCUCCUGUGUACGAAAUAUACAUCGUCUGCUCUAAGGUCGGGUUGAGUGGGGGUCAGAGGUAAACACCCGCACGGGAAAAGAGAAGGAGAAGGAGAAGUUAGACGAGAUUAACAGAAAAGUCCUUCAUGCAACUGGAGAAGAUUAUGUCGACGUAUCCGUCUGGCCUAUCUAUUGAAGGAGGUACUGCAAAAUAUCAGUCGAUGGGUCGAGCUAUUAGAAAAUUGCUUUUGUUCCUUUUACCUUGAUUUUAUGUUACUACUCGCUCUUUUCUUCUUCCUCUUGUGGGCUGGCCUGAACGUUGGAAGAGAGAAGGGCAGCAGGCGGGCCAACACUGUAACUGCAACGCCAUCCAUCCAUCCAUGAUGUCCCAGGAAUAGUGGGUGGGUGGAUGAUAGUUCUAGUGUCCUCCCAAGUUCAGUCAGUGACAUGGUGUUUCUGUCAAGAUGAGACUUUUAUCUACAUGUCUUGUUUAUAGAAAUAAAAAUAAAAAAACAAUUGCUCAUUGAGGUGCUCAACUCAGUCUCUCUUUCUCUGCGACUUUGCACUUUGUGAUUUUAUUUGAGAAUCCCACUCACUGAAAAAAUAAAUAUAUUUACUAGUGAAGGUAUGAUUUAGAUUUAUUAUUUUUAUAGAUAGAUUAUAGAUAACUAUAUUAUUCAAAGUAAUUAAUUAAAAUGAAAAUAGUUAUAUAGAAGUGUUCAUGAAUUCAUCUUGAGAAGCAGAACUAUACUUGACUCUGAGAACUAAAUCACAAUUAGCAUUUGUGUCUCACUGCCUUGAUAUGAUCAACAGGCAAGCUAAAUUAGCAGCUUUCAGCCAAUAAGCAAGCAGUCAUAAAUGAAGGUGGCAGAAAAAUACCACUAAUUGUGGCCUAGUUCUGUUCUCAGAUAAGAGAAUAAUUUGAGAAAGAUAUAUAUGUCAAGAUACUUAGAGCCUGUUCGGUGCAUCUGUACUUUUUGAAUGCAAUAAUGAAUCUCAUUAAAAAUAGUGUAUUUAUCAAUUAUUAGUAGCAAGCUAGUGUUGUGUCAUCACACUAUUUCAU